AUGGUGCUGCAAAGAGUUUUGGUAGUGUUCCUGUUGUUUGCAACCUCCUGCGGAGUGUUAUCACAAGAAGAUCCCGAAUGCAAAACACCGACCAUGUCCGAUGGGUUCUGCGUUUCAAUUGAGCGUUGCCGUAAUAUUUACUCCAUCAUUAUCUCGCCAACACCACCUUCGCGCGGCAUCCAGAACUACAUCAACCGUGCGGCCUGUACGCUGCCUGGCGUGACGCGAAGUGUAUGUUGUCAACCGUUGGAGGUCGUACCGGUGGCCGUUACAACCACCAGCACAACGUCGACCACUACUGCCGCACCGGUUACGGUCAGAACCGGCACGGGACCCGUGAUGCUGGUGGGUGCUGAGCCGGAUUCAACGGCCGCACUUGACUGGAGUCUGCUGCCGACGCGAAACUGUGGCACAAUAACGAUCAAUCGGAUAGCGCACGGCAAUGCAACGCGUGUGUUUGAAUUCCCUUGGAUGGUGUUGCUGCGGUACGAAUCGAACGGUCAGCUGUCGGAUCGGUGCGGUGGAUCGCUCAUCAACAAUCGUUACGUGCUAACAGCGGCCCACUGCGUUAGGACGUCCAGCACUAUAAAACUGGUCAAAGUGAGGCUUGGUGAGCAUGACAAACGGCAGGAAGUUGAUUGUCAUGUAUUCAGUGACGGUGAGAAGGAUUGUGCUGAUCCAGCAAUCGAUGUCGACAUCGAAUCCAUGACCGUCCAUAAAGAGUACAAUCGGCCCAUCAAGUUUAGGCACGAUAUCGCUCUACUAAGAAUGGCACGGGAAGUCGAGUUUAGUGAUUCCAUCAAGCCAAUUUGUCUGCCAGUAAAUGAAGAGGUAAGACGCAAAACGUUACCGAAAUACAUCAUCACCGGCUGGGGUACGACGGAACAGCAAUCAUUAUCGGAUGUGCUGCUGCAAGCCAUCGUCAACCACGUUACUAUACCGGAAUGUCAGCAAAAGAUGAACGAAAACUUCCUGUACGUUAUGUUGGCGGACGAGUGGCAGAUGUGUGCGGCCGGAGAUGGGCUGGUAGACUCCUGCCAGGGUGAUUCGGGUGGUCCGCUAGGCUUUAGCGUGGACGUUUCCGGGGCAAAGUUUGUACAGUUCGGUAUCGUUUCGGCCGGUGUGAAAUCAUGCGGCAAGGAGAGUGUGCCCGGCAUUUAUACGCGUGUGACCAGCUACAUGAAUUGGAUAGUGGCCAACAUGAAGCCCUAGUCA